AUGCAGGCGCUAAACUUCGCCUUCAAGGACCACUUCAAGAGGCUCUUCAACUUUAAGGCCGACCGGGACGGCUACUGGGUGUGGUUUGCUGGAAACCUGGCGUCGGGAGGCCUUGCCGGUGCCUCCUCGCUCUUCUUUGUCUACUCGCUGGAUUAUGCCCGGACUCGCCUGGCCAACGACGCCAAGGCUGCAAAGAAGGGUGGUGGCGGUGGCCGCCAGUUCAAUGGCCUCCUGGACGUGUACAAGAAGACCCUGGCCAGCGAUGGCAUUGCCGGCCUUUACCUCGGCUUCAACAUUUCGUGCGUGGGUAUUGUUGUGUACCGGGGCCUCUGUUUUGGAAUGUACGACUCUCUCAAGCCGGUGCUGUUGGUUGGAGACCUCAAGGGCAACUUUGCUGCGAGUUUCUUCUUGGGCUGGAGCAUCACCAUUGCUGCUGGCCUUGCCUCGUACCCGAUUGACACGGUGAGGCGGCCUAUAAUGAUGAGGUCUGGCGAGGGUGCCAAGUACAAGAGCUCAAUGCACGCACUGAGGGGAAUUAUGGCCAAGGAAGGAGUCAAGUCCUUGUUUAAGGGUGCAGGUGCUAACAUCUUGAGAGCCGUGGCUGGAGCUGGAGUGUUGUCUGGCUAUGACCAAUUGCAAAUGAUCUUCCUGGGAAAGAGUUAUGGCUUUGGUGGGGGUGGCUGA